AUGGGCCGAUCAAGCCGAACCAUUUAUGUGGGCAAUCUCCCCGGAGAUAUCCGUGAGAAGGAAGUUGAGCACUUGUUUGAUAAGUAUGGACCUAUAGUGGAUAUUGAUCUGAAAAUCCCUCCACGACCACCUGGUUACGCAUUUGUGGAGUUUGAAGACUCUCGUGAUGCUGAGGAUGCCAUCCGGGGCCGUGAUGGCUGUAGCUUUGAUGGUCAUCGACUACGUGUCGAACUUGCACAUGGUCGUCGGGGAUCAUCACGUGAUCGUUACAGCAGCUAUAGUGGUGGAGGAAGUCGUAAUGGGGUUUCAAGGCGCUCUGACUACUGUGUUUUGGUGACAGGGCUACCUUCUUCCGCCUCGUGGCAAGACUUGAAGGAUCACAUGCGCCGGGCUGGUGAUGUGUGUUUUUCUCAAGUGUUCCGUGACCGGGAUGGUAUGAGAGGAAUUGUUGACUACACAAACUAUGAUGACAUGAAGUAUGCGAUAAGGAAGCUUGAUGACUCUUUGUUUCGCAAUCAAUAUUCUCGGGCUUAUAUAAGAGUGGAGGAGUAUGAUCGAAGACGAAGCGUCACUAAAAGUCCUAGUGAUAGUCCACGUGAUUCAAGCAGCAGGAGCCCUGAAUAUAGCAAUGACAUUAGGAGCAGAAGUGUAUCUCCUAGGCCCAUACAUUACCGUCGCACUCCGUCCAGGUCUCCUUCAGAGUCUGUUUCAUCAAAAGCACGUUCUGAGUCGCCUGGGCGUUCUACUUCAAGAUCACCAACAAGAGUGAGAAGCCCAAUGUCUCCUGUACAGCGUAUAACGAGCCAAAGCAGGAGCUUGUCUCAGUCACGGUCUCGAUCUCCUUCUGUGAGAUCUGAUUGA